UAGGGAACCAGGAGGCUGCUUUAAGGACUUGGAUAGGCUGUGCGCGGGGCUCAGAGGAGCUAAUGUUCCUGUAUUAAGGGAUUCUGGGGGAAUCUUUGAGGAGCUAGGGGACGUGGCCUUGCAGAGCCUAGCGGGUCAGUGAGCGGGGCUCUAAGAACCCCGCUCCGGGGUCUAAGGAGCAGUGGGCGUGGCUCAGAAUCGCCUGUGGGCGUGGCCCUCUGGCCACUCAGAUGACUGGAGAGCUGGGCGUGCGCUUGGGCAUCGUCUGCAUCCCUCGGCACGACCAGAGGGGGCGUAGCGAGGCGUGGAACGUGGGGUGGGAAGCUGGCUUCCCCUCCCGGAAAUGGGCGUGGCGUGCCGCAGCCCGGCAGCCCUGGUUGGGCCCCGCGUGGUGCGGGGGCGGGGCCUACACGCGGUGGCGGGGGCGGGGGCGGGGGCGGCUGCCCGCGCCCCUCCCCCGCACAGCGCUCAGUGCCAGGCGGGAGGCGGCAGCGGUUGGAGGCUUCGCCCUGCUUUGCAGCAGGGACUUCGGCGGCGGCGCCUCAGGCACCUCGGCCCGGACACAAUGAGGCGAGUGGUACGACAGAGCAAGUUUCGGCAUGUAUUUGGGCAAGCGGUGAAAAAUGACCAGUGCUAUGAUGACAUCCGGGUUUCUCGUGUGACCUGGGAUAGUUCCUUUUGUGCUGUCAAUCCCAGAUUUGUUGCCAUAAUCAUAGAAGCAAGUGGGGGAGGAGCGUUCCUUGUCCUCCCUCUGCACAAGACUGGUCGAAUUGACAAAUCCUACCCUACAGUAUGUGGCCACACAGGACCAGUGCUGGACAUAGACUGGUGCCCACAUAACGAUCAGGUCAUUGCCAGCGGUUCAGAGGACUGCACGGUCAUGGUAUGGCAGAUCCCAGAAAAUGGACUCACGCUUUCCCUGACUGAACCUGUGGUGAUUUUGGAAGGCCACUCAAAGAGAGUCGGCAUCGUGGCUUGGCAUCCAACAGCCCGCAAUGUGCUUCUUAGUGCAGGCUGUGAUAAUGCCAUUAUCAUCUGGAAUGUAGGAACAGGGGAAGCCCUUAUAAACUUGGACGAUAUGCAUUCAGACAUGAUUUACAAUGUGAGCUGGAACCGGAAUGGCAGUCUGAUCUGCACAGCUUCCAAAGACAAGAAAGUGAGAGUCAUUGAUCCCAGGAAACAAGAGAUAGUUGCUGAGAAGGAGAAAGCACAUGAAGGAGCAAGACCCAUGAGAGCCAUCUUCCUGGCUGAUGGUAAUGUCUUCACCACUGGGUUCAGCCGCAUGAGUGAGCGGCAGCUGGCUCUCUGGAAUCCGAAAAAUAUGCAGGAACCAAUUGCUCUUCAUGAGAUGGACACUAGCAAUGGGGUGUUGCUGCCUUUCUAUGACCCUGACACCAGCAUCAUUUACUUAUGUGGAAAGGGUGACAGCAGUAUUCGCUAUUUUGAGAUCACGGAUGAAUCCCCGUACGUCCACUACCUCAACACAUUCAGCAGCAAAGAGCCUCAGAGAGGGAUGGGUUACAUGCCCAAGAGGGGACUUGAUGUUAACAAAUGUGAGAUUGCCAGAUUCUUCAAACUUCAUGAGAGAAAGUGUGAACCUAUUAUCAUGACUGUUCCCAGGAAGUCUGACCUUUUCCAAGAUGACCUGUAUCCUGACACAGCGGGGCCAGAGGCUGCGCUGGAGGCAGAAGAGUGGUUCGAGGGCAAGAAUGCAGAUCCCAUCCUCAUCUCCUUGAAGCACGGGUAUAUUCCAGGCAAAAACAGGGAUCUCAAGGUGGUCAAGAAGAACAUUCUGGAUAGCAAACCCACUGCAAACAAGAAGUGCGACCUGAUCAGUGUCCCCAAGAAAACUACAGACACAGCCAGUGUGGUGAGGACCACUGACUGGAGUGCAGGGGUGCUUGGCUGGUUCGGGCUUUAUCGUCUGGAAAGCCCUUGUGGUCCGGGGCGUCGCAAAAUGAAGCCAAGUUGGAUGAGAUUUUAAAAGAGAUCAAAUCUAUAAAAGACACAAUCUGCAAUCAAGAUGAGCGUAUUUCCAAGUUAGAACAGCAGAUGGCGAAGAUAGCAGCCUGAAGGUCCCACCCCCACCCCUACAAAAAAAUGGGAGCAAGAACUUGUGCUUGGGAGCUGGUUGUUGGUGUGGUCCUAGGGAGGGCGGAAAGGGAGGCACUGCCAUUUGGAGACAUUCCAUUUCAGAGUUGUCAACCAGCCAUAGGCCACAUUCCAGUAAGAACUCAAUUUGUCUCCCAAAUUUGCAGAAACAAAACGUGAUUUAAAAGCUGAGCUUUUUAUCAGAAAGCUUUUUUGAUGUUUUAAGUGUUAUGUGACUUGUUGAACUUUUUAAAAAGUGCUACUUUUAAAAUCCCAGAUACUCUGAAUUUUAGAAAACAAACUAAUUCUGAUUGUGUCGUGCCCAAGUACCCUUUUUUUUUUUUUAAACGAAUAGGGACCAAUGCCACAUUGCUUUUUAUAUUCUUUCUUUUUUAAUGUUGCCAAAACCAAAAGUAGCUUUGUUUUCCUUUGUAUUUUGCUACUUUGCAGUAUUUGUGUGUGGUUUUUUUUCCUUAAUUUGAAAGGGACAGCACUGUGUAUGUUUAUAAACUAAAUGAAGAUAAGAUAUUAUUUUGUAUAAACAUUCAUCUGAGAACAAUCAAAGCAGUAGCCACAUGGUGCUGGCUCCUUUGCAGCACAAACCUGGUCAUUUUGAUGACUGUACAACAGGAAGACUUGAAAAAUCACGUGGAUUCAUAUUACCACCGCUCUCAUUUCUUGGAGUCUUCUGAUCAAAAAAACUCACAUCGUAUUUCUUCCUUUCCUUUCUCUUUUCUAGAAAUCGGGUGUUUGUACCAGAAUGGAAUUUUGCUUCUUGGUUAUCCUGUGCUUCAGAUGAUUAUAAUCUAACCCAAACUAGCAUGUGUUUCUGCAGUUUGUUACACACCUAGGAUCUAUUGCAUUCAUCACUUUAAACAUCAUGUUUCAGGUUUUGGUCAAUACUUGACAAGGGUGCCCGGGACAGGAAGACGUGUGUACUGCUGAGUGUUCGUUCUUGCCCUUUUCAGCAGCUUGCCCAGCUCUUGAGUACAGUGGUGGGGACUAAAAAUGAGGGCAUGUGGAGAGGGGUAUUUGCCCUGGGUGAUCCUGUGUCCCUGUGCUGUCCCCAUGCUGUGUUGGAGGAGGAAGUGGCUCUUCUUCCACCAACAAAGCUCCUGCUCUACCCUCUUCCUCACAUGUGCUGCGACCUCUCUCAGGGCUCUCCCAGCCAUUCCUUCUUUCCUGCCUGCCUUUUAGCUCUAACCACAUUAAGCUAAGAUGAGGCCAGAGGGUGCGACUGAAUGAAUAUUGAGACUGAGGAGAAUGAUCGAGAGUGAAGCAGAAACAGGAACGCAGACCUCUGCUGUAGCUUUAAUGUGUACAAACAUGUCCCUCUGCACAACUAAUCUGCCCUGCCUCUCCAUCUCUCACCAAGGCUGCAUCAAAGCACAGAGGCUCCCCGGACUUGGAGGGGGCCAGAGACUGAGCUCUGGUUGCCUGUUCAUUCCUCGGUUAGCUAGAACUUUGCCCCAUUUCCAAUUUCUUAUAGUGCAUGCUUGGGAAACAAGAUGUAAGGAGCCUCUGUUUUGGAAGGGCUGUCUGUGAUUGAACGUGAAAUGUGUAGUGCCAUUGGGACCAUGAAGGGAAUUCUUGCACAUGCUCGUGCUGGUGUGGGCAUGGGACUGGUUGGAAACGUCUGUAUUCAGGGAGCCAGGGUGAGGGCAGAGUGUGGUGACAGCUGAACUUGGAGUAAUGCCCGUAUAGAAAAAGGACCAUGUUCUUAUCCAGCCAAUAUUGGGAGUGCUGUCUCCACAAUUUCAGGGCAUCUGAAUGUUUGAUGUGGUUUCGUGUGUGUGUAUGUGUGUGUUUAAUAUUGAAGUGGAUCAUGAGAUGUAAAGAAAACAACAAUGACAAUGAGUUAUAUUCAAACCUGUGUUUGUUUCUUUAUCAGUGUAAUCUGCUGAGGACCUUUGUGUCUAAGAUUCAGAAAUGUUUUAAGGUUCUGAUGUCGAAUUAAUGAAGUAAACAAAGUUGUUGUUGAUGGUGGUGAAACACCGUAGGGCAUGUGGUUCAAAGAGAAGCAGGAGGGCAAGGGAAAGUUACCCUGAUAUUAGUUUGUAGCUUAUGACUUAUUUAAUGAAUAAGCCCAGCCAAGCUCAGAGUAGGCGCCCAAAGCAUUGUGGAUUAUUUUCCUGUUUUGUCUUUUUUUUUUUUUUUUUAAAGCCCUGACAUCCCGGAAGAGGACAGUGAAUUAUUCCUACGUCGGCUCUUAUAGAGUGGCCAUAGUGUUCUGUCAAAACACUUGCUUCCAUUUUCAGAGAUAAAAAUCAUUGAUUACAAAA